AUUGCAAUUUGCAUAUGUUGGUGUAUCUCGACUUAGUAAAGCAUUUUUUAAAUUAUGAAGUUUCGGUCACACACCAAACAGGUGUUAUCUUUGAAUAAUAAGUAUUCUAUUGACUGCAGGUUUGUUUUUCAGUCGUUUACGUCGUCUGCUAGUUGAAUAUGUCGCUCUCAAGGCCUUUAUACUCGCUGUUCGGUAGCUAUCUGGAGCAGCUUUUCAACCAUCCCGUUCGCACCAAAUGUCUAACGGCCUGUUUUCUAGCUACCUCGGCUAAUGUUACCUCGCAGCGCAUAUCAGGCGCCAAGACACUGAAUCAACACAGUGUCUUUGCCUAUGGCGUUUUUGGACUUAUCUUUGGAGGAACUGUUCCACACUAUUUCUAUCAGAUUGUCGAGCGUUUGUUCAGUCAUGAUCUGCGCUUUCGCAAAUUUUUCAUCUUCUUAUCCGAGCGCUUUGCUUUUGCGCCUCUGUAUCAGUUUCUUUCCCUAUACUUCCUUUCGAUCUUCGAGGGGAAUUCGCACGCCAAAGCCUUACAAAAUGUGGAGAAGCUGUACUGGCCUGUAUUGCGUGCCAAUUGGCAAUAUAUAUCGUUGUUAGUCUAUUUGAAUAUUGCCUACGUUCCACCGAUGUUCCGCUCAAUUAGUUCGGGGAUUAUCGCAUUUAUUUGGGCAGUUUAUCUAGCCCAGAAACGUCGUCGUCACCAGGAGAAACUGACUGCCGAAAAAUCUAAAUAAACACAUUCCAUACAGAAAAUUUAAAUCGUCGUUGGUAAUUGACAAUUUACAAAAAUCCUCGGUAAAAGUCUGAUAUUGGCUACUGCAAAAUAAUAAAACCCUGAUACAGCUUUGUAAAGUUUAUAUUAAUAAAUACCAGUUUUUUCAUAUGUUAUAUGAACUUUGAUAACUUUAAAAAGAUUAAUAAACCUUAUAGUGUAGUAUUUAAUUGGUCUUAGUGCCGUUCAGCUAAAAACUUAAACUGCGUUUAAAAUUAUACCAUUCCCGAACUUAACACUUUAUCUACUCUGCGUUUCAAAGGUCCCAAGUGAGGCCAAUAAUGCCUAUUUAGAUUACAGGAAUAGUUGGGUGUACUCACAAAGAUUAGUCUAUCUGAAAGCCUUAUCUUCACUUACAAAUAUUUAUAUACAUAGUGCUUAUCCAAAGUGAAAGUCAAUGCAUUUGAAAUGGCAACAAAAAAUAUUUUAUAUUUAUUUAAGAACGCAACUUUUGAGUAUUAUUGACAUAAUAAUAUCAUGGUCACGACUAGAGUAGAUGAUUUUGCUACUAAAUUUAAAGAAUGGCCUAGAUAAAUCAAUUGUUCAACUUAGUGGAGUGUCUUUAACCAAACACAACUGCUAGCUUAUGAAAUAUAAGUGUUUCUUGUGGUGGAUUCA